AUGUUUUCCAUCGUCGACAGCAAACGUAAAAAAGCAGUUUUAAUUUUAAACGGUUAUCGUUAUACACAAGAUCGGGUAAGAAAUAAUAACACAUAUUGGAAAUGUGAAGAUCGUUCAUGUACUGGUCGUGCAUCACAAAAAUGUUCGGAUGAUCCAAAAGAAACACAACAACAUAGUCACAGUCCUAACCAAGAUCAAUGCAACGUUGAAGAAUUUACAGCAAAUGUAAAGAAACGCAUUAGAGAAGAACCAGAACCAGUAAGAAAAAUAUUUAGACAAGAAUUAGUUAAACUGCAAACAAAAAAUCCUGCACGAAACGAAAGUUUCCCUCCACCACCUAAAACUUUGGCUGAUGUGAAAGUAGAUGGUAAGUGGAAUCAAACAUUAAAUAAUGAACCGUUUUUGUUACCAGAUACUCAAAAUCUAAUAUUUGGAACAAUAGAAUCUCUAGAUGAAUUAAGUAAAAGUGAGCAUAUAUUAAUGGAUGGAAUAUUUCAGUCAUGUCCUGUUCCAUAUUAUCAAGUUUAUACAAUACAUAGUGUGAAUGAUGGUCUAUCGUCAUCAAAAUUAUACUCAUUACUUCCUCGUAAAGAGAAAAACACUUACAUUUCUUUAUCUCAAGAUAUCCAAAACGUAUGCUAUCGAAAUAGUAUUACUUUAAAUUCAAAAUUUGUCACAUUAGAUUUUGAACAAGGUGCUAUAUCUGCAUGUGAAUUAUUAUUUCCAAAUGCCAAGAUCAAAGGUUGUAAUUUCCAUUUUAAUAAAUGUUUCUACAUAAAAUUACAAAAUUUAGGUUUUCAGUCUGCAUUUAUUAAUUCUAGUGCCAAUGAUGAUCCGAAUGAAAUUAAUGUUAGAAAUCUUUACAGAAAAACUUCUGCAGUAGCAUUUAUGCCACCAACUACUGUGAAAGAUUUAUGGAGUCAAACAAUGGAUGAGUAUGAUACUAUUAAUGGAAUCACGCCUUUUUUUGAUUAUGUCACUGAAACUUGGAUUGAAGAUAGCUUAUUUGAUAUUUCUUUAUGGAAUUAUUAUGAUUUUCCCAGUUGUCGAACCAAUAACAAUGUUGAAGGUUGGCAUUAUCGACUUAACUCAUCACUUAAUAAUGUUGCUCAUCCCGGUUUUUAUACAUUUAUCCAAUCAAUCCAAAAUGAUCAUGCAUAUAAUAUAGCCUUGAAAAAAAUUUGUACAAAGCAAAAUAGUUUACCGCCACGUAAGAAAUUAUAUGUUAAUCGUAAUCACCGUUUACAUAAUUUAGAAGAUAGAUAUAAACGACACAGUAUAAAUUUAAAUGACUUUUUGUGUCAAACAAUUACCGCUUUCGAAAAGUUAUUAGAGAACGACUAUAUUCAAUAUCUAAAUAAAAUGAAUAAAAUUAUUAAACCAUUAAAAAAUCGUCUAUUAGACAGGGAACUAGAUAAUCAAAAUAAUAAUCAUUUUUCGUUAUAUUUAAAAUUUCUUGAAUUAUGUAAAUUACGUCAAAAACUAAAGAAAAUUGAUUUCUAUGGUUCAGAUAAUGAAACUAUAUUUAAGAUCACACACGAUGUACUCGAAUUCGAAAAUGAAUUAAAUCCGUUAUCGGAGUCACCAGCGAAACGUAGUUUGGGUUUUAUAUUCAAACAAUUCAUUGAAAUAUUAAAAGGUACGUUAUUUGAAACACGUGAAGGUCGUUGUACACGAGGUGUAUACGCUUCAUUUGUUAAGUCAAAUAUUCAAAAUAUUGAUUAUAUAUUAUUAAUCGAUACCGAAGGUCUAUUAUCAGUUGAAACAAUUAUUGUCAAUAUAUUGGGUGAUGUAAAUGAAGGAUUAAAAUAUAUGAUUACACUAUGCACUGAUUCAUUAAAGCAGUUAAAAGUCAAUAAAGUACCAAAACCAACUGUACAGUUAAAAUUGUACCAGAAACAAUUUAAAAAUUAUGAAGAUAAUCUUACUCAAGAAUUAGAAAAUCUGUUUAAAUUAGAGAAUACUUCUGAACGUAUUCGUGAACGAAGUAUAGCAUUUUUAAAACGACAAAUUACAGAAAAUGAAAAAACAUUAACGAAAGAUGCAGCUAAGAAUAAAUUUGAAGAAAUGUGGAAGAAGAAGAUCGAUUAUAUUGAAAGUGUUACAACGGUUGCAUCAUUCAUGACAGGCGGCUCAUCUUCAGCAUCCAAAAUUAUGACAAGAGCAGCACCAAAAGCACUUGAGAUUGAUUUCAGAAAACGAAUAAGAGAUGCAAUAAUAACUGAACUUAGAGUUGAUCCAUUACAUUUAUCAAACAUUUUACAAUUAGUAGCAUUUUUCGAUGAAAUUUAUCAACAACUAACGAAAUUAGUUGAAGAUAAAGGAGUUUUACAUCCAGCGGAAAUUGAUUUGAUACAAAAAAUUGCCAAUUUCAUUAAUGCAAUAAUAAAUGAUAUAAAUCUUGAAUUAAAUGUUUUCGGUCUUUCAUUAUCAAUGAAUGUCGCUUCGGUCGUACAUUCAAAUGCAUUUCUGUUACUUACAGCAUUAUAUUAUCGUGAACAACAACAUCUUUUUAAUGAACAGAUUCAUACGUUAACUAGGCAAAAAUCAUCGCCAUUAAACUAUUUCAAUAGUAUGAUUGUACCGGAUGCAGCAUUUGACAAUGAAAACGGUGAACAUUUCGUUAAGGAUUUAUCAUCUACUCUAAUUGGUGAAAGAUCAUUAUUACAAUUCGUUGAUGAAUUGUUGCUAUCAUCUGGUGGUGGUGCAGAAGAAAAUUUACAAAACAAAGGACAAUGUGAUGAAAAUAAUCGAUACAGUUGUAGUACAGGCCAUCAAUUGCGAGCAUUUGCCGGUAUAAAAUUUGAAGUAACAAAUGAAGCUAGUUUAUAUCAAUGUAAUGAAAUUGAUAAUAAUAGUCACAUUGUUGUUAAAGGUAUUAGAAAAAAUUGUGAGGAAAUGAAAUUAGAUUAUCAGUUAUGGGAUUUUAAUUUAAUAACAACUGCUGAUGAAUCAGCCAAACUUAACAUUAAUACACGACGUACAAACAGUGAUGAUGAUCGUAUAACAAUUAUAACAUUUACUAAUAUAGCAAAAAUGUUUUGUUCUAAUCAAAAAAUGAAAGAUAUUGAUACGAAAAAUAUUGCUUUUACCGAUGGUACAACAGCAUUUGGUCCCGCAUUUCAAUUAGUUAUAAAGCAAUAG